CCCAAUCCUCCAUCCCCUCACCACCACCACCAUCAACCCUGCCGGCCGGCCGGCUUUGGCCCGCAAAGACGUUCUGCCUCGUCCCAGCCCCGACCGACUUUCUUCAUAAGGCAGCAUCUCGGCAUCUGCCCUCGUCAUGCCCACGGCCCAUGCUCUUGCGUCGUCGCGCCCACGGCAAUCGUCCAGUUUGCUACCACUUCGUCAAAUUCUUCACAAGGACGACGCUGGUCUUUUCUAAACGACCAAGCGACUCAACCAUCCCAUCUCACGCCUUUGAUCAUUGGCAUCGGCCCACAAUUGACCUGGCUGGCCGUGAAGAGAUUGCCAUCCACCCACCACGGCUGCGACCCCGUCCCCGAAACCACAGCGUACAGUCCAAUGCGUUCCCGCCUGCGAGAAUACUUUACCGCCAAUUACCAGCCGGGCGAGCGCGUCCUGGUGCAAAAGAUUGACUUUUUCAUUCUCACGUUUUGUUGCCUGAGCUACUUUAUCAACUAUCUGGACCGCUCCAACCUCGCCAAUGCCUACGUGUCGGGCAUGAAGACGGAGCUUGGCUUCCAGGGAGACCAGCUCAACCAGAUCAACACCUGCUUUACGGUGGGCUACGUCCUGGGCCAGGUUCCGUCCAACCUCUCGCUGCACUACGUCAAGCCACGGAUAUGGUUCCCGCUCAUGAUGAUCCUCUGGGGCGGGCUCACCAUGGUGACGGCGUCGGUGCACAACCCGCAGUCCAUCAUGGCGAUCCGCUUCUUCCAGGGCAUCUGCGAGGCGUCGACGUUUGUGGGCACGCACUACAUCCUCGGCGCGUGGUACACGGAGCGCGAGCUCGGCAAGCGCAGCGGCAUCUUCACGUCGUCGGGGCUCGCGGGCACCAUGAUCGGCGGCUUCAUCCAGACGGGCAUCUACAAGAGCCUCCACGGGCGGCACGGGCUCAGCGGCUGGCGCUGGCUGUUCAUCGUCGACGGCCUGCUGACCGUGCCCGUCGCGCUCUAUGGCUUCUUCCUGUUUCCCGACACGCCACAGACGACGACGGCGUUUUACCUGUCUGAGGCAGAGCGUCGGUUGGCUGUCUCCCGCGUGCCCAAAGUUGAGGAGCAGUCACCCAUCAGCCUUCGCUUCCUAAAGAAGGUGCUCUCGUCGUGGUACUGGUGGGGGUUCGUCGGGCUCUGGGUCAUCGCCGGCGAGACCGAGUCCUUCAGCUCCAACUCGCUGCUCGCGCUGUACCUGCAGAACCACCCGACGCACAAGUACACGGUCGCGCAGCUCAACAACUACCCGACGGGCGUCGCCGCCGCGGGCAUCGUCUCGACGCUCUUCUGGGCCGCCCUGACCGACUUCCUCGGCGGCAAGCGGUACCUGGUCGGCUACUUUAUCGGCGUCACGGGCGUGGCCACGUCGGUCAUGAUCCUCGUCGCGCACCGGGACCCGACGAGCGACGGCUCGACGGCCGUCGUGUUCGGCGCGUAUUACUGGGCGGGCUCCGUGUACGCCUGCCAGGCCACCUUUUUCGCGUGGUGCAACGACGCCAUGCGCUACGAGGAGUCGGUCUUUCGCGCGGUGGUGUUGGCGGGCAUGAACCUGGGGAAUAAUGCUGUGAAUGCGUGGUGGAGCAUCAUCUUUUACGGCGCGAGCAUGGCUCCGUGGUUUAUCCGCGGCAUGUGGGCCAUGAUUGCGUGCUCCAUCGCCCUCGUCGUCUGGAGCGCGGGGCUGUCGUAUCUGGUGCGCAGGAACCGGAAACGCAUCGAGGUAGAGACUGAAGAAGCCGCGGCGGCGGACGUGUACAGCGAGAAUAAGCUGGCCAAGGAGGAAGCGGAGGGAUGAGUGGAGCG